AUGCUGCGACGUCGGGUGUGCCUUCCGGCGUACCUCGUCAGCGUCGUGGGCACGUCUGCGUCCUCGUCCUGGGCGACGCCCGUCUUCGACGGACAGCAACGACGCGCCAUCAAGGCGCUCGAUGUCCGCGAGUACCGCCCGCUGGGCACCCCCAUCGAGUUCCGCUUUUACCAACGCUACGCAAAUCACCCAAACCGUCAGUCUGGAGUCCAGUUCUUGACGCACUACAACACCCACCAGCGCUUUCGCGUGAACAAGGACUUUAUUGAUUAUAUGCACUGGGGCAAGGAGCAGGGUCAGGCUCGUCUGCCGCACCGCCACCAGCGCGUAGCCUUCGACUUUGACGAUGCGCUGCAGCCCACACGAGCGGAGAGCGACACGAGCGAGUGGUUUGCUGGUCAAGAUCCGACGACGGGGCCUGACAUGGAUAUCUCGCACGACUUCGAUCCCUACAGGAAGGUCUUCUCGGACCCGGAGCACUGGAACAAGAUGUUCUCGAAGCGUCGCCCAGGUGAAGGCAACAUCAAACUGAAUGUGGUGCCAUCCAACAGCCUGCUGGGGCCCAUGGUGACGCAGACGGACACGCAAGAGACGGCGUACUUCAAGAUGGAAACACGGGGCCCGACGCACGGCCGCGUGCCAGGCAUCAAUGCUCCUUUUAAAGGUGAGCGCGACCGCAAGAUGAUGCUGGCCAUGUCCUACCCGCUGAACCACCGCCACACCCUUACCGGCAACGACGGCCGUUUCUCCAAGACGAUCUUCCUGAAUGACUCUAGGCGUCAUCAGGUGCUCUCCGCCGUCUUCGCCAGGGACCUGAACAAGGAGAUGGACAAGGCCACCAACGCGCUCUACUCGAAGCUGACGGUGCUGACGUCCGCCCAGUCGGGUCGGACAGACUACUUCUGCGGCGGGGCCGACAUGGAAGCGUUGGGCUUGGAUUUGACCAUGGCUAACUUACUGCGCAGUCAAGCGGCAGAGCUGGUCAAGACCGGCGCACCGGGCAAGAAAACGGAGGUGAAGGUGCAGGAGCUGUUGCGCGAUGCGGGGCGCUACGAGGAGCGCGCGGAUAGCGUGCUGCGCGAGAACGCCGCCGUGAUCUGGCGCGUCUACACAAGUCCGCGGCCGCUCAUGACGCUGGUGAACGGCAAAUGCCGCGGCACCGGAUGCGGGCUGGCGCUCGCCGCGAAGUACGCCGGGCUGAUGGAUGCGAGUGAGUUUGUGGUGGACGGCCCCAACUGCGGUCUCACUCCUUUCAGCGGCGUGACGCGGCUGCUGGCACGGCCGGAGACCUCCUUGAAGUACCCGGGCCUUGCGGAGUUCGUCAUGCUGACCGGUACCUCCUUGUUUGCUGGAGAUGCGCUGCGACUGGGCUGGUCGGACCUGUUCACGACGCUACCCGACAUGACCUACCACAUCAAGGACUGGUUUGACAGCACGGAGCACAUGCACAACGACGCCGUGGCCUGGCAGCUGGGCCACCUGCUGGAGAAGUGCUUCCAGAUGAAGGGCGACGCCCACUCGACGGCGAUGGAGCGCUGCGCCAUGACGCCAAUUCGAGCCCGCUGGGUUGAGGAUGCCUUUGCGGAUCAGCCAUCCGUUGAGGACAUAUUGGCAACGCUGAGUGCGAUGGAGAAACUGCCCUACUCGGACCGCCACAACACCUGUGAUCCGUCCUACGCUACACCGUACACUCUGUCCAGCGUGGCGGAGGGCGUGCACAAGCUGGAGGCGUCGCGCCUGCGCUACACCCUCUCGCCGUGGGACGUGACACCGCCGGAGGAGGAGGUCGCCGUCCGCCAAGCCGCGGAGGUCUUCACCUCCUACGUACUGGAGCGCCGCGGUGAUUUGAAUCUGGUGGUGCACCGGGACCAGCACAAGGUCCAGACGUGGCGAGAGCAGCGCGAGCGCGAGUACGCGGCCUACACGAAUUUGCGCAACGCCCCGCACCGUCGCCACGUCUACGUGAAGCUGGAAGGCUGCGAAGGCACGCUGAUUGACUUUGACUUCACCAUCGAUCCCGUUGGCGAUGCUGCGGCAGCUGCUGCAGUGCGGACGCAACCAACAACGGGCACGGGUGUCGCGGAGAAGAGCACCGCCUCGCUAGAUCGCCUCAAGCACGCGGUGCGGGCGGCGUUGAAGAUGCCGGUGGAUCGCGACAUCGACCUGUGCUGGUACCUGCCCACCCUUGAUACCUGCCCGGUGCACAACGACGAGGAACUGGUGGAGUUGCUGCACAGCGACCCGGGACUCGAGGACCCCAACGAAAAGCUGCGCUACCCGCCCAUCUACUUCCUCGUGAAGCGUAACACGCUCUACCUGUCGGAGUGGGCGUUCGCGGUGAAGCACCAGCUGCUCCUGCAAUCUCCCUACGCCCUUAAGGCUACGCUGAAGCUGCUGGAGGAGGUGCGCGGUGACGGUUCCGCGGAAGCGGUGCGCUCCCUCGCCGACACGCUCGCCUUGGAGUACCGCUACGUCACUCGUCUGCUGAAGCGCGACGACUUCUGCGGCGUGGGUCAGCACGUCGACAAGUCCGCGGAGGAGUGGGCGACCAUCAAGGAGGAGCGAGCACGCAACGUGCACAAGGCCUACCUGCCUGUACAGCCGCUGCCCGACUACGAGGCAGUGUUUGAGCGCAACGUGGAGCUGGACGGGCACAAGUUUCAGCUGCGCCCGCGCUGGUCGCCGCGGACGGUGCAGGAGGUGACGGCGGAUUCCCUCGACCCCCUCGCCGCACCGCUUGACUUUGACAAGGAUGGUGCGGUGGAGCUGGAUGUGGUGCUGCAGGCGAACAAGAGCAGCCGCAUGGCUGGCAUGGUCGACGACGCCGGCGGCUACGAGGUGGUGGCGGGUCUGGGUGAGGUGAGCAGCGACGGCACGCUCAAAGUUGCGCCGCUGAGGAGCGACGCGCACGUGCCGACGAACGUGAACUUCUACGAGAUGGCGCGGCACCCCUGGGAGGACACGGCCUCCUCGUGGCGCCGUGACGGCUUCACCGAAGGUUCGAAGGAGUACUUUGAGCAGCAGUACAAAAAGGCGGAGAAGGCCGUCUACGAUGAGUCGGGCAGGGGGCAGCAGAACUACUGGCCGUCGAAGGACGCAACGGACAGCGUGGCCGGCGAGGAAGGGAAUGAACUGCUCGAGGAGCGCUUCUUUAGCAAGCUGCGCGACGCGGAACGGGGGGUGGAGAUGUGGGCGCGUCAGCUGCGCAAUAAGGCGGUGGAGGGGAAACUGGAGAACAAGACAGAGAUCGCGACGCAGCAGGAGAAGAUUUACGACGACGAGUACUAUCGCUGGUUUAUUCAACCCGGUCACAACCCGAACCCGUCUGGUUUGCUGCGCGGGCGUAAAGGUGCCAGUAGCAAUGGCGCAGUGGAUAGAGAGCUGGAGGUGUUUCUCAAUCAGCUGCUGAGCGGCGCCCGCUCCACCGUUGACGCUGCCGAGAACGCCGAGUUUGUUGCACCAGCGGCUGAAGCGGAGGACACGCCCGAGGACGGCACCGAGGAGUCGUGA